AUAUACAUUGACUUCCGGUUUGAAAAACGCUGACAAGUAAAUUUGAGCAACUAUGCUAUUGUAAGCAAACCGUGAGCUCGAGAAGAAGAUUUUCUGCAUCCGAGUAAAAUAUUGUUGAAGGAAGAAUACUUCACUUUUGUUAAACUACCGACUGAAUUUUGAGAAUGGCAGACGAAAUUGCUACAGAUGCUGGACGUGUUGUGAAAAUGGAAGUAGACUGUACAGGGGUGUGUGAUGAAAAGAUUCCAGAAUGUGAGAAAUUGGCCAAGGAGGGGAAACUAAGCGAAGCGUUAGAGGCACUAUUAGCUCUCGAGAAGCAAACAAGAACGAGUUCAGAUAUGGUUUCAACUGGUCGAGUCCUAGUUGCCAUUGUAAGACUGUGUUUUGAAGCAGGUCAGUGGAAUACACUGAAUGAACAUAUAGCUCUUCUUGCUAAACGCCGAAGUCAGCUCAAACAAGCAGUGACAAAAAUGGUGCAAGAAUGCUGCGAGUACGUUGAGAAAACGCCGAACAAGGAAAUAAAGACGAAACUUAUUGAUACUUUAAGAAGUGUUACAGAAGGAAAGAUAUACGUGGAAGUUGAGCGAGCUAGGUUAACACACAAACUGGCGAAGAUGAAAGAGGAGGAGGGUAACAUAGUUGAAGCUGCAAACAUAAUACAGGAACUCCAAGUUGAGACUUACGGUUCUAUGGAAAAAAGGGAGAAGGUAGAACUUAUUCUGGAGCAGAUGCGUUUAUGCCUGGCCAAAAAGGAUUAUAUAAGAACACAGAUUAUAUCAAAGAAAAUUAACACAAAAUUCUUUGAUGAUGAAGGCACACAAGAUUUGAAACUGAAGUACUAUAGGCUCAUGAUUGAACUGGACCAGCAUGAGGGUUCUUACCUAGCAACGUGCAAGCACUACAGAGCUGUUUUGAAUACACCGUCAGUGCAGGAAGAUGCAGACAAGAGACAAGAGGUGCUUAAGAAUGUUGUACUAUAUCUUGUCCUGGCCCCAUUUGAUAAUGAGCAAAGUGACCUGACACAUCGUGUCUUGCAAGAAAAAUUACUUGAUGAAAUUCCGACAUACAAGGAGCUACUUCGCCUGUUCACAAAUCCAGAGUUGAUCAAAUGGUCUGGCCUUUGCGAGAUCUAUGAAAAGGAGUUGAGGCAAGGCUCACCACAAAGUAAGCCCACGUCUGUGUUCACUGCUGACUCGGAACAAGGACAGAAGAGGUGGCAAGAUUUGAAGAGCCGUGUUGUUGAGCAUAAUAUCAGAGUAAUGGCAAAGUAUUACACUAGGAUAAGUCUGAAAAGAAUGGCAGAAUUGCUGGAUUUGCCCAUUGAGGAAACUGAAGACUUCCUCUCAAACCUUGUGGUAAACAAGACUGUGCUUGCCAAGACAGACAGACCAGCAGGGGUAGUCUGCUUUACACAAAGCAAAGAUCCCAAUGAUGUGCUGAAUGAGUGGUCUAAUCAUCUAAGCGCUCUCAUGCAACUUGUUAACAAGACGACACAUCUUAUCAACAAGGAGCAGAUGGUGCAUAAACAUCUACAAGUUGUGCGAGAAUAGCAUUAUCUGCGCCUGGAGAAUGGUAAACUAGUACGUCUAGUUUGCAAACUUUGAUGUGUUCUGACUACAAUCAGCACAUCAGUUUCUUUAUCUUCAAUUUCAAAGUGAUGUGUUUUUAUAUAUUUAUUUUCCUUUGUGCAGAAAUUCAGUUUUGUUUAGGCAUUAAUACUAAAAUGUUUCAUAAUUUGUGAUGGACAUGAAACUAAUAUGAGAUAUUAAAUUCUGUUCACUGUUAUAAUGUGUUUCAAGUAUAUUAUAAUUUUGUUUAGAGCAUGAAAAGUGAAGAAAUUGAAAACAGAUUAUUAAUUGUCUUAAUGUUGAACAUUAUAAUUUGAAAAUAUCUGUCCAUAAUUUCACACAUUGAAAAUUGUACAGCUAACUUACUAGAAAGUUCCAUUUCUGCAUCAUUGUUGCUGUUGUAUGUGAAGUGUGGCAGUUGGAAAGUGCAAAUGUAGAAUGUGUUUUUUAAACUCACUGUAGUUAAUGAAUGUGUGUAACUAUUCAUUUUUUAGUUUAUUGUCAAUUGUUACUUCCAUGUUUUAACAGAGAUAUGUGGUAGUGCUGAUAAACACAAACUCUUUAACUUUGUGGGACUAAUUAUGAAUGGUAGUAUAAUAAUAUAGUGAAUUUGUGGUUUUGUGCCACUAUCAAGACUGUGUAUAAGUUUUGAACGGAAGAAAUCUAUUUCCUGAGUAGUGAAAAAAGGAGUCUUACUGCGAAGUUAACUGAUUGUGAGGUACGAUUUUUCUCAGAACGAAAAUAUGCAAUUAUAAAUGCAAGUGGUAUUGUGCUUAACAGAAUUUUGUGUCACUACAUCAAAAAUGUGUUACUUUUGUCAGAA